AUGUUAGCGGCUGAUCCAAUGAUGUAUGCUAUCAUAUGCCAAAAGAAAGUAUAGAAUGAAUGAAGAGGAUAUUAAGAGCACUUAUUGCUCAAAUUCAAUACUAAUAAACGAUAAUGACUAUGCCCAAUCAAAUGUUGAGCGUGAGAAGAGAUUCUCUCUCACCAUCAUAAAUGUUGGUGUUGCUAUUAGGACAUUGUUGAUUGGCCUAAUCCACAAAAAUUAUCAAAGACAAUCAAUCACUAACACAUAGGAACGUUAAAGCACGCGCGUGAAGUAGAGCGUGAUUGAAAGAUUGAAAUAGAACGUAAUGUGAACAGAUACUGUGUCAUCUCCAUCAGCCAGCAUCUUUCGUUCUUAGCAUUGCGGUGCUGUCACGGCUCUUGUAUAUCCCUAAAACAAAGCUUCAUUUCUAGCACACACGUAUCAUCACAUUAUGUUAUUAUUCGCACAUACACCGCCCAAAAGUAACAGUACUACUUAAGAUCUGGAAAGCCAAGAAAAAAACAGCAUCAGCAACAGUUUCUCUGUUUUUGUUGUUUUCUUGACGCCCUCUUAGUAAGACGAAGUGGGAAGGAAUGGGAGAUGCAAGUGAAGUGAAAGGGGAAUGUUCAGGCAGUGGGAAGGGGAAGAAGAUGUUUGAGGAAGAAGAAAACGAAGACAAGUUGUUGGCAGGCGUAGGAUACAAAGUGUGUUCCUCGGACAUGGUUGACGUGGCACACAAGCUCGACCAAUUGGAGAUGGUAAUGGAGGAAGAUGGAAUUUCCCAUCUCGCCUCCAACACUGUGCAUUACGACCCGACCGAUCUUUACGGUUGGGUCCAGAACAUUCUCAACAACGCGCCCAAUCACACCAUCACCACCAACAGCAACAACGCUGUCAUUCCAUCGCCGUUAAUCACUGUCCCGGAGAACGAUCUAACAGCGAUUCCAUUGCCAUACAUCGAAGCGUACCCACAAACAGAAAAUCAGAAUUGCCACAAGCGAUUCAAGGGUUCUUCAUCUCCGUUGUGGCCCGCGAUUUCAUCGGACAACGUUCUUCCGGUGGUUCUGGUGGAGGAAGCCGGCGUGUAUCUCGUUCACGCACUCAUGGCCUGCGCGGAGGCCAUUCAAUUAGGAAACGCAAGCCUCGCGUCAAGCCUCGUGAAGCAUGCAGGAACCCUCGCUGCGUCGCAAGGAGGUUCAAUGGGGAAGGUUGCAUCCUUCUUCGCUCAAGCUCUCGCUCGAAGAAUCUAUGGAUUCUAUCCUUACGAGACUCUAGACUCUUCCUACUCCGACAUGCUUCACACACAUUUCUACGAAUCGAGCCCGUACCUGAAAUUCGCGCACUUCACGGCGAACCACGCAAUCCUCGAAGCAUUCGCCACCGCGGACACGGUGCAUGUCAUCGAUUUUGGCCUGAAGCAGGGGUUGCAGUGGCCGGCGUUCAUGCAAGCACUAGCGGUCCGUCCCGGAGGUCCGCCAGCGUUCCGCCUCAGCGGGAUCGGACCACCGCGGCUCGACGACCCCGAUUCCGACUCGCUGAGUCAGGUCGGCUUGAAACUGGCGGAACUCGCUCGAAAAAUUAGGAUUCAAUUCGAGUUCCGCGGAUUCGUGUGUAACAGUUUAGCCGAUCUAGAUCCGUCCGUGCUCGACAUUCGAGCAGGAGAAUUCGUCGCGGUUAACUCUAUCUUCGAGCUUCACCGCUUGCUGGCGCGACCUGUUGACAUGGAAAAGGUGUUAGCCACGGUUAAGAGGAUUAAACCGGAGAUUGUUACCGUGGUGGAGCAAGAAGCGAAUCACAACGGUCCGGUUUUUCUGGAGCGGUUCACGGAGGCAUUGUACUAUUACUCUAGUUUGUUUGACUCGAUGGAGGGAUCGGUGGCGGCGCCGAAUGAACAGGCGUUGGUGAUGGCGGAGAUGUACUUGGGGAGGCAGAUAUGUAACGUUGUGGCGUGUGAGGGGGAAGAACGCGUGGAGAGGCACGAAACGCUGGGUCAGUGGAGAGCGCGGCUCGGUUUGGGCGGGUUGGAACCGGUUCGCAUGGGUUCGAACGCGUUCAGACAAGCGAGGAUGUUACUGGGCCUAUACGCUGAGGGGGGAGAAGGGUACAGAGUGGAAGAAAACAAUGGGUGCCUCUUGCUCGGGUGGCACACCAGGCCACUCGUUGCCUCGUCCGCGUGGAGACUCGCGCCCAAUGGUUUGAACCCAGUUAGAGAUCAGAAUGAUAUGAACCAAGAUUCCCGAUUCUGUUAAGUCAAAGUAUAGUAAGUCAGUUCCAGAGACACAGAACGGUUAAAUAGAAAGGUAAAAAACCAACUAAAAAAUCUUAAUUAUAAUUACUGUGUAACUUUUGAAGAAAAUUACUUUCCUACCCUCCAGGUCACGGGUUAAAAAAUGGCUCUGUACUCCUUUUGGCUUUUGCUUUUGCUUUUGGUCAGAGAGUAGUUUGGUAAAUGAAAAUUUUUGUCAGACCAUGCUUUUUCCUAAGAAAUCGAAACGUUUGGUAAAAAUUGUAAUUUUGUUUAUGUGCAAUAUUUUUAUUCUUAAAUCAAUCAAAUCACAUCAUUUUUAAAUCAUCU